AUGCAACGACCUCAACAAGUAAUCACGCCGGUCGCUCCCGUCCAGUUCAAACGUAUUAGAAAUGGUGCAACUGUGUUCGCAGAUUUCGGCGCUGAUGUCUACGGAAACCUCCAAAUAAACAUUCCUCCUCCCGUUGCUGCAACCACCCUCGCAAUUCGCCUGGGCGAGAAAUUAGACGCGACAGGGGCUAUCGAUCGAAGGCCAUACGGAAGCGUGAACUAUCGAUGGUUGACGUUGGUUACACAGCCUAAUAGAACUGUGUACCAGAUUGAUAUUCCUCCAAAGCCACGGCACAGUAACCCGCAGGCGGUGCAUAUGCCGCCCCAAAUAGGCGAAGUUACCGUUUUCCGUUAUGCUGAGAUCGAUAACGCCCCGGCCAAUUUAAAUGCAGAGGCCUUGCAUCAGUUAUGGGUGCAUACUGCCUUUGACGAUAACAAUAGCUUUUUCAGGAGCUCCAAUGAUACGCUAAAUGCUGUGUGGGAUUUAUGCAAGCAUACCAUCAAGGCUACUACGGCGUUUGGUGUCUAUGUUGACGGUGAACGAGAGCGUAUUCCAUACGAAGCGGAUUCGUACAUCAACCAGCUUUCGCACAUGGCCGUUGAUGCGAAUCCUGAGGUGGCUCGAUACACUUUCGAGCACAUGCUCAAAAAUCCAACUUGGCCGACAGAGUGGAGCCUGCACAUGCCAAUGAUUGCAGCAUUCGAUUAUAUGUUUACAGGCGAUAUUAAAUUGACCAGCGACAACUAUGAGGCUCUCAAGAAGAAACUAUUGAUGGACAAGGCUCGUGGGGAUGGUCUCAUCCGUGCGCCAGGAAUAGUAGACUGGCCGGCUGGGGAGCGAGACGGCUUCAAUGACGGCGACCAACAAAAUCAAUCUGGUCCGGAAAUAAAUACCGUCGUCAACGCAUUUUACUACCAUGCGUUACUGGAAAUGGCAAUUGUCGCAAAAGCAGCUGGGCGAAUUGAAGAUGCUAUUCUGUUUAAAUCAAGGGCAAAGGCAGUCUGUAAUGCAUUCAAUGCCGUUUUCUUCGAUCGGGCACGGGGUAUUUACGUCGAUGGCGAAGGUUCAACUCAUGCGUCGCUACAUGCAAAUAUGUUUCCCCUUGCCUUCGACCUCGUUCCGCGAGGCUAUCAAAACCAAGUCGCAGAUUUUGUACAGUCGCGUGGAAUGGGAUGUAGUGUCUAUGGUGCUCAAUACCUGCUAGAAGCGCUCUACAAAGCAGGAAGAGAUGAAUACGCAUUACAAUUGAUGACCUCACAUAGCGACCGGAGUUGGUGGCAUAUGAUCGAACUUGGUUCAACAAUGACACUUGAAGCUUGGGAUGUAAAAUACAAACCAAAUCUUACGUGGAACCACGCAUGGGGCGCUGCUCCAGCGAACAUCAUUUCACGGUAUAUCCUAGGCGUUCGUCCAUUGAAGCCCGGUUUCGAAAAAAUCCUGAUCGCACCCCAGCCAGGAAGUUUGGAAGAACUACACGGCAAAGUCCCGACAAUGAGAGGACCCGUCUUUGUCAAGUUUCAACCAGGCGUUCUCGAAAUUGACAUUCCGGAAGGAACAACCGCUCGUGUGUUGAUUCCAUACAAACUGGCACAGUCGCAGCAAUUCCCACCCCAACUUUCAAUCAACGGGAUAAAAGAGUCAGCUAAAGCAGAAAGCGGGUACAUCGUCGUCGAUGAAGUUGGGCCAGGAAAGUCAAGGUUUGAAUUUUAA